AUGGCAGCUUCAGCGCCGUCAUUCCAACCACUUGCAUGUCCGAGGCCACCCACCCUCGGUGAGCGUACAAAGUCGACGUCAAGCUCUUACGUUUCUGCUGGGCGUCAAGCCGAGCAGUUCUACUUCGAGCGAGGAUAUCUACCUGCCAUCAAUCCACCGAACGAGGCAGAGCGCAAGCGUGCUCUGGCUCGCUAUGGCCCGCCGAGGCUCGCUGGAGACCCCAACUUUGACCGCAUCGGUCACCUUGUGCGCCUCGUGUUUAACUCCAAAAUUGUCCUUGUCAGCCUUGUCGGCGCCAACGAGCAAGUCUUUCAGACAGCUGUAGGUGGCGGUGCCGAGCUCAGUCAGGCGGUUUUGCAGCAGAUUGCGGGGGCCAAGCACUGCUCUUUCUGCGCACACUCUAUCCUUCAGCCCAACGACGAGCCCCUCGUCAUUCUCGACACGGAGAAGGAUUGGCGCUUCAUGGGCAAUCCGCUCGUCGUGGGCGAGCCACACAUUCGAUUCUAUGCUGGAUGCCCAUUGAGGACCACGGACGGCCUCAAUCUGGGCACGCUCUGCCUCAUCGAUCCCGAGCCACGAAGCGAAUUUUCGCCACGUCUGAGGCAUACACUCAAGGAGUUCGGCCGCGUCGUCAUGAGAGAGCUCGAACUCACUCGUGACCGUAUCCAUUUGACGAUUCGCGAUCGAAUGCAAAAGUCGAUCGAGUUCUUCACGCGCGACUGCCUCGAGAUGGCUACGGAUGCUUCUCACGAGGACGAGGCGGGCGAAGGUGGUGACGGCAAGAAUUUCAGCUCACUCCACGCUCUCUACAACACCGCGGCGAGAAACAUGCAAACCACCCUCAAGGCGGCUGGUGCUAUCGUCUUUGAUCUCUCGCACUUCGAGCUCAUCGAGUCGCCAAGUAGUAACGGGCAGCCCUCGAAAGACAGCAAGAUCUUCUACCCCAACGAGCAACCCUCUGGAGAUCGAAACGCGCCAGUGCCUCUGUCUCAUCAUAUCAAGGUCGCGCAGUUCCUUCGUCAGCAUCGCACGGGCUGCUUCUACGCCAAUGUGCCCACCGUCUUCCGUCAUCUCCUCCCACACGGCACAAGCAGUAUGCUUCUCGUGCCCAUCUUCGGCCUAAACAAGCAGCCUUUCGCCCUCCUCUGCGCUUAUGUUAAGCAGGCAGCCGAUGAUUUCGAGGAUGUCAGAGAAUCAGCUCUUCAGUACAUGCGCUCCAUGGGCACCAUCAUCCUCAGCGCCGUUCUCAAAAAGGAUCUGAUGCUGGCCGACCAAGCCAAGAGUCACUUCAUCUCCAACAUCUCCCACGAGCUUAGGACCCCUCUGCACGGCAUCUUAGCAUCGGCUGAGCUCCUUGCGGAGACGAAGCUCAACACGACGCAAGGCAGCUACCUGGACACGGUAGAGGCGUGCGGCAAAAGUCUGCUCGAGCUCGUCAACCAUGUGCUUGACUUCACCAAGCUGAGUGGCGGCGCUCGAUCCAAGAGCAACGCAGAGCACAAGCUUACGCAGUGUGAUCUGGUCAAGCUCGUCCAGGAGGUGUGCGAGAGCAGCUGGAUUGGUCAGACGGCGAGAAAGCUGGAGAGUCAACAGACGUCGGGCAUUGGUAGCGCCUACGCGAUAGGUGCCAGCGGCACGGCCGCUACAACCACCAAUUCAGCUGUGAAGAAGAUGAAGGCUGGUGCUGUUGAGACAGUCAUCGACGUAUCGAUGAGAAGCAAGGGCUGGCUGGUGACGUGCGAUGCAGGCGGCAUUCGCCGGGUCCUCAUGAACCUCAUCGGCAACUCACUCAAGUUCACCACGGCAGGUUUCGUUCACGUCUCGCUCAGAGAGGUGCAGAGUUCCGACACCCACAUUGUCGUCGAGCUGAGCGUUACGGACACGGGACGUGGCAUCUCUCGAGAGUUUCUUGAAGAGCAGCUGUUUCACCCUUUCACGCAAGAGAAUCAGCUUGGGCCUGGAACGGGUCUUGGUCUGUCCAUUGUCAACAGCAUCGUUCAGAGUCCUUCGAUCAACGGCAAAAUCGACGUCUGGAGCACACUGGGCGAAGGCACAGAAAUGCGCAUCACUUGCGAGAUGGCCGUCGCCUCGCCCGAGGACAUCGAUGGUGCCGUCUACCAACCUGCGCUCAGCCUCAAGAAGACUCGUUCUGUUUCCCUCGUCGGCUUCGACGAUUCGCGCGGACAAGUCGACCUUCGCCAAGUACUGCUCAGCUACCUCGAUUCGUGGUGGGACUUUGCUCCAUCCAAGAGCGCUGUCGAUUCAGGCGACGACUACAGCGGCGACAUCAUCAUAGUCAAUGAGGAGACGCGCUUCCUUCAAGAGAUUCGUAAGAGGCGCACGCCCCUCCCUCCUGUCAUUCUCUUGAGCUCUGCUCUAGGUGACUCGGCAGUUGCUGAGGCUUGCGAGGCCUAUCAUGCCAAAGGUGGCAUUGCUCGUAUGCUCUUCAAACCUGCUGGUCCUGCUAAGCUCGAGGCCGUCGUCGAUUUUUGCCUGCAGUGCCUCGAUCGUAUCGACGGCGGAGAGCCCCUCGAAGAGGAGCAGACUGCGCCUGGGACGCCAUUGCCAAGCAGAGGUCCGACGCAGAGGCCAGGGGCGAGGGCGAGGAUGACAGUUGCGACCAGGACGGCGAGUCAACUCCUGCUGCACCCGUCCGCCGUUGGAACCGUGACGCCUGCCAAGUUGCCGUCCUCAUCGUCGACUAGCAGCGGUACCAGCAAGCAGCCACGCCGCCGCAUUCGUGUUUUGGGGGUUGACGACAACGAGAUCAACAUCAAGGUGCUCCGUGCCUUUAUGGACAAAUUCGACGUCGACUUCAGCGCAGCGUUCAAUGGACAGGAGUGCGUGGAACUGUUCGAGCAGACAAAUUCGCCAGAGGCGGUCAAACGUGGCGUCGUGCCAUUUGACAUCAUUAUCUGUGACGUCACGAUGCCCGUGCUCGAUGGCUACCAAGCUACGGCGGCGAUUCGGCGCAAGGAGAAGGCGUACCUGCAAGCAAAGGAUGUCAAGACGAGUAGCGGCGACGGCGGUCAGCAGACGGGUGAUGGUCUCACAUCCUCGCGUGUCAAGAUACUCUGCCUGACAGGUAGGAAUUCGGAGGAGGACAAGCGCAGAGCCUUUGCUAGUGGAGCAGACGGCUUCAUGACGCGGCCGCUCAGCUUGAGGGUGCUGAGCAGUUUGAUGCGUCUCUUGACGCAGUAGGUACGGCCGAGCAAGUGACAGCAUAGAUUUGGGUUGAGGCUGAGGCAAGAGGUGGUGCGGGCUCGGUGGUCUCGCAGCAUUCUGUAUCGGAUUGUGUUUCAGUAAUAUUCUCUUGAUCGACGCGGACCUUGCUUCACGCGACAUCAUCAUCAUCGCCGCCAAAGUGCGAGCACUGUCAUCCUCUGUCAUGAUCUUCAUUAUCAUCUCUUCUUGUCAUCAUAGUCAUUCUGAGAAUCACCAUCAUCGAUCAUCGUCGACAAGACCGAAACGACGGGAAUUGAG